UGUGGUCAUGUGACACGAGUUGCACAACACAUUCUGUUUACGUUUUUAGGCGUACAUGAUUCAGAGUCUUGGAUCUGCACGAACGGUCUCAUAAGUAGCUGUUAUUGGGUAAUUUUCGACACCAUUUUACAAGUAGAGUCAUUAAAACUGAGAAUAAUAUGAAGAAUCUAGUAUUCGUGACCAUAUUUUGUGCAAUCGUCUCCACCGGGACAGCCCACCUGUGUUUGCUGAGCCCUCCACAACGCGGCUCAAUGAUGGGCAUUAACAAAGAAGCAUCUGCGGACUGCGGAUUGACUUCUGGUCCGUGUGGUGGUCGUAAUGCCAGCACAGGAGCUACUCUUGCUAUCAAGGAGGGCAGCAAUUUUACUGUUACUUUCCAGAAAAACCUUGAUCAUUAUUACGCAAGUAACCCGGGAUACUUCAAAAUAUCUGUGAGUUUUGAUGAAGAGCAGACUUUCAAGCUGUUACAUUCUACCAACGAUACUCCGGACCCAUCCCUCACUCUCUACUCUAUGAACGUCACCAUGCCAUUCAUGCCGUUGGAUAAGCCAGGGACAUUGCAGGUCGCUUACGUGACACAGAACCCGCAAGCUCCGAAAGAAUUCUACCAGUGUAGUGAUAUCAUGCUCUAUGGGGCAAACAUUAAAUUGGCAACCGUUGUUUGAGCUCUGGUCAAGGAUCCUCAUGUGCAAAUUGUUUUAAUUCAGAUAAAUUUGUUUCAAUCAUCAAAAUAAAGUUUUUUGAAAUGUUAUUUAUAGGAUUAGGUCCUUAAAAGAAAUAUUGCUACAUAGAAAUGGGUACCCUUUGUGACAAACAUAUGAAUUUAAAAAUCAGCAGUUUUAUUAGAAAAAAAUGAAUAUCAUAAAAAAAU